UACAAAUUAUUCUGGUUCUCCUAAAACAAACAGUGGGAAGCAAAUUGGGGCGAUCUGAAAAGUUCAAACAACAGUGACAAAACUAGAUGGUGGUACGCUGAAUCGCAGAUAGGUGAUCGAGAAAGUGUUGACACGGAAAAGAAUUUGGGAAGCGAAUAUGAGCGACGAAGCUCCAAAGCUUUACGCCAACAAACCCAAAAAAGCACAAGCGAAACAAUUUCAAGAGCAGCAACAAAAAGCCCACGAGUUUUCUUCACCAUCGUCGUCGUCCUCAUCAAUGGGGCCUCAGUCUUCAGUUCCGCCACCUCAGCGCCCAAAAGAGUCACUUGCUCGGCGUUACAAGUUCCUCUGGCCCACGCUUUUGGCUGUGAAUCUUGCUGUUGGAGCAUACGUCUUUAUGAGUACAAAGAAGAAAGACACAGGUGUUGUGGAAGAAGUUGCGAUUCCAGCUUCAACAAAGGCUGCUACAACUGCUCCUGCUGCUGAAAAACCCUUACCUUUGCCAACCAUAACAGAGUCUGUGAAGUCAAGGAAACCAGUUCCAGAGGAUCAGCAGCGUGAACUUUUCAAGUGGUUAUUGGAAGAGAAGAGGAAGGUUAAAUCAAAAGAUCCCGAAGAAAAGAAGCGCAUUGACGAAGAGAAAGCCAUUCUCAAACGGUUUAUUCGAGCAAAAUCUAUCCCAAGUGUCUAAUUAUUCAACAGCUGUUCUCAAAUUUACAGAUUACUAGAAAUGAUUUUAUUUUGUAUUUUUUCAUGUUAAUUGUCAUGGUGUUUUAUAGUUGGGUUGAAGAUUAAUGCUGGAAUUUCAUCUGAUUCCAUCUAAGUUCUUGAAGUCGUGAAGUGCAAUACAAGGAUAAUGUUGAUGCUGAUCAGUAAAACAUAGAACCAACUUCUAUCUUCCCUGCUCUGCUAAUAGACCUGUAUGUGGUCCGACCAA